UGAAUACACAAUAAGAGGGGGCUAUUAAAAUGAUUCUGACAAUCUUAAGAUGCCUAAAUAAAUGGGAAGACACACGGACAUUUUCCCAUAAAGAAACAUUAACUUGAAGAUUAUCAAGAGAAUAAGAAAUGAGGUCAAAACUUGUAUUUUUCUGCUUAACACUGUUGUAUGUGAAAACUGUACGUACAUGCAGACGACACCAACAAGUGAAUCUUCAGCCUUAUAUGGGAACAACUCUUACUUAUCCAGAAAAAUAUCCGGAAGAAACGGGAUUCAAAGCAAACUGUUCCUGGGAAAUCAUCGCACCUUCAGGAUUUGAUGUCGUCGUGCAUCCUUUGUGGUCGUGCGGCUGUAGAACAACCAUCAAACUAUAUAAUGAUACAACAUUUUUACAACUGGGAAAUCAUUCGUUCGACUGCCCUGCUGAGAUGGUAGACAAUUCCAAACGAAUUAUUCGGAUUGGAUUGUCACAAUUUUGGUUGGUUCUAUCGACAAUGUCCUCAUCAGAUGAAGGCGGUCUGCGAUUUCGAUUCAUGGCUGUAGAAAUUAACAAAGGCAAUACAUGUGAAAGUAGUGGCACAAGACUGUUGGCAAGCAGAACGCCUACCUUCAUCACCUCUCCCGGAUUUCCAUCUCAGUAUCAACCAAAUUUGAAAUGUACUUGGUUGGUGGAAACUGCUCUGCCGGAGGAUGACGCAUAUUUAGUGUUUGAGUUUCGAUCCCAGUUUUUAGAGCAGAUAUCAGCAUUCAAUGGAGAUUGCUUUGAUUACGUUAAGUUAGAUGGGCUAGAUACAUUUUGUGAAGAAAACGAAGAAAACAUUCUGCAGACUCAUUCCCGUGUGCUGAAAAAUAAAACAUCUGUGGAAGUUAGUUUUAUUACUGACCAUAGCAUUGAAGAGAGCGGAUUCGUUCUGACUUUUUACGUUAAAGAGUCCGUAAAGAUACUAUCCUUCAGAAGCAGCGAUUCUGUACUACGAGAAGGAAAAUCAUUAUGGAUUCAGGCAGUAAUAAAGGGCGGCUCUGUCUCCAGCGUCCAAUGGUUUUACAAUGGUAUAUCAAGAAGCAACACUUCUUCUAGACUUAUAAUGGGAUCCUGUACGUCUGCCAAUGGUACAGAGUGCCAUAUGCUAAACAUAUCAAGGGUUCUGCCACGGGAUGAAGGCAUGUGGACAGUAAAAGUAUCCGAUGGUAUUGCAACAACAGAGAGGAGUAUCAGCAUAAAGGUUCUUCCAAAGCCUGUCCUACAGAUGAUACCAAGAUACGAUUUUUUGAAUCUGACCGGUGAUGAAAUAAAUAUCCAGUGUAGUGUUAUAAAUCCUGAAUCUAUCAUCGGCGUGACAAACGGAAGUUUAAUUUGGCAGAAGAAUUUGAAGGAAAUUGUAUCAGGUUCUGGUUUCAAUAUAAAUGAUACAAACACAACAACAAUGCUGACCAAGCUAUCAGCAAAACCUGAUGAUUCCGGAAGUUACUCGUGCUCAUUGUCUGGUUACCCCGAUCCUGUCCUUGUUUCCAUUGAUAUCACUGUCGCACAACCAGGGCAAAAGAGAUGUCUAGACGAGAACUUAGAUGGCAUAAUAUGGAGUGCAACGAUCGUGGGAAGAAACAAACAGACAUCUUGUCCCAAUAAUCAAAAAGGAACUGCGACCCGUUACUGUAAUUUACAAGGCACAUGGGAUUCCCCUAACCUGGUGAAUUGUACUGAUGAAGCAUUUUUGAACGCUUCUAUAGCGUUAGGCAGUCUGAUAGAAGACGGAGUUGAUGACCCAGAAACAUUACAAAAAGCAGUCAACAACACUCUUGUGACAAUGCAAAACCUAACCUCGAAGGUUGAUGGACUCAGCUCCGGGGAUAUCAGUUCAUCUAUAGAUAUUCUAGACAAGAUCGUCACUAUCACCAAUAGGACGGAUGGAGGCAUAGAAAAAGAGGGUUUCUUUGGAGUCGUAGACAAUGUGUUGUCUACUAAUAAUUCGGACUCAUGGACUGCCGUCAGCGAAAAGACAGAUAAAGCAGUUACUUCGCUUUUGAAAAGUGUGGACACUCUUAGUGAAGUGAUUAUGAAACAGAAUAGUGUAUCUACUGCGAACUUUAACGGCAAAAAUCUAGAAUUAACAAUUGACCGAACUAAGAUUGGUGAAACCGGAAUGACGUUUCCUGCUGUAUCCCCAAACAAUAUUUCAAAAGCUGUCGAAGAAAAUGCAACUUUUUUUGAAUUGCCAAAGCAACACAAAACGACAGAUAAAGCUUUUAACUAUGUGGCUGUUAUAUACAAAACCAUUUCAGAUAUUAUGCCCAAAGAUUCAAAAUCUAAAAGAAUGGCAAAUUCAAAUCACGACAAAGAAGGAGAAAAAAUUGUCAAAGAAGAAUACGUUGAUUCUGGUAUACUGUCCCUCAGUACUCAGACGGACCUUGGCGAGCUAUCUCCUCCCAUACAGUUGACUUUCCAGCACGUCAGCAUGGACAAAGGCUCCAACUUUCAAGCAGUAUGUGUAUCUUGGAAUUUUACCAUAAAUCAGUGGUCAGAAAAGGGCUGCACGAUGAAGUCCACGGCCAGCAAAAGCACGGUCUGUCAGUGUAAUCAUCUAACCAACUUCGCCAUUCUCAUGAGAACAUACGAUACAGACAAGGAAGCCAGUUCCUCUCUGGAGAUGUUGUCUAUCAUCGGUGUGAUAUUGUCCAUUGCUUUCACAAUUUUAACUUUCGUCGUUUACAUCCUGACUUGGAAACAAAUACAGACUGAUCAGAAUACUUUGCUGUUAAAUCUCUGCGGAUCGUUGGUUGUAGGCUACAUAAUGUUCCUGUCAACCGUGAAAAACACAAGCAAUGAGAUCUUAUGUACUAUUUCAACGGCCACCAUCCACUAUUUCUUCCUCGUUACAUUCUUCUGUAUGCUGGGGAUGGGAAUCUACUAUUUCUUCAGCAUCACAGUGACCUACUAUGCCAUGUAUGUGGCUAACAAUUUCAGGUCAAAAUCGAGAAUCCACUGGUUUCUUUUGGGAGGAUGGGGCUUUCCCUUCGUUAUUGUCGCAUCAACACUAGGAGGAUUCUGGGGAAAGGGUUAUCACCAGAAAAACUACUGCUGGCUGUCAAUGGAAAGUGGUUCUCUCUAUCUGUUUAUUGUUCCAGUGUGCAUCAUUGCAGUGGUUAAUGUAUGUAUCAUACUAUCUUUGAUACGGGUGUUGUAUGCUUCAAGUGCAAUGAAAAAGUCGUCUCUUCAUGAAAAAACUGUAUCUGGAUUGCGAUCUCUCGGUACAUUGUUGCCGGUUUUGGGCGUUACGUGGAUAUUGGGAGUCUUGGCUCUGAACGAGGACGCUAUCGUAUUUCAGUUCGUUUUCAUUAUAGCCAAUUCGUUACAGGGGGUUUUCAUAUUCCUUUCACACGUGCUGCUUAACAAAAAGUUAUUGAGGGUGCUAAAAACUCGAUACCCGUGCCUGUCUGUCCUGACUACGUGUACAUGGUCAAGAAGAAAGGAACUGGUUUACGUAUCAGAUGAACAACCCUCUACUUCCCGAGGCCAGUUGAUUAAAGAAUUAAAGCAAACAUUUGGAAAAUCUGGAAAAUAUUCUUUCAACAAUGAGGAAAAAGUUCCCGCAUCCGACUCGUUUUUCACAGAAGAAACCGUGUUCAGUGAAAACUGUAGUUUCGCUGCUCAAGACAAAAUUGUCGUGAUGUCGGACGUUGUAUCAAAGAACGAGGAGUCAAAAUCAUGUUGAGAAAAAAAAGUGGUGAUUUGAAUUGUGUGCAUAUAUUCCAAGUCUGAAACAUUUUUAAAAGACUUUAUAUUUUGUUAAUAAAACGUUAGGAUUCCUAUUCAUCCACCAAAUAAAGCCUGUCGCGGUAUCUCAGUGGUAAAGUGUUCGCUUCGGAAUAGGAAGGUUGUGAGUUCGAGCCCCGCUCGUGCCAUGGUCGUGUCAAACCUAAGACGUUAAUAUAGGUAGUGAUUGCUCCUUCGCCAAACGCUCGGCAUUUAAAUAUGAGAAUCACGGAUCUUUCCAACAUUACCUUAAAAACUAAGAUCUCGUGUCACGACGUUUUAUUGUGGGUCCUAUUAUUUCAUGAAAAGUUGGUAUUCAAUACUGGCUAAUUCCACUGUGUAUAUUACAAGCAUGUCGUGUUUUUAAAAUACAUAUCAUUGAUCAAUAUUUGAAAUGUAUUUCAUUUUUGCAGAAAAAGCAAAGAACACAGAUAAAUAUAAAAACUAAGCGAUGGAAGAAAUAUACAGAGAGGGUUACAUUUUAAAAACUAAUCCAGUAAACAUCGCAUGUUUUUCGUUGGGGUGUAGUCGGACUUCGUUACGAUCGUGGAACAGACAUGCCUAGGGGAUGAAAUCAUCCACAAACACGAAAAUAUGAACAACAAUGACAAAUGAUUAACCAACAAUCAUGGAAUGAAGACUGCUUUCUCAAAUUACAAAACAAUUUUACACAAGUGAUUAUGCAUCAUCAUCCUGUACAUAAAGAAAUAAACUUCUGUCAAAAAUGAAUUGAUAUUUGCAAUCUACGUUUUCUACAUUCCAUUUUCUAACUUAUGAUUACUAUUUUAUAAGGUAUUAACAGCAUGCUCAGUAUAUCAUAUCCAUAAUUAACAAUAUACACAUACUACAAUGCACUGUACAUUUUAAUGAUCAUGCUUGACAUAAACCUCUUCAUCCUCUUUUAUUUGCCCCAUCCAAGUCAACACUUCUUAUAUGAUUGAUAUAUGUCACUAAAAUUGUAUUGUCGAAUAAGUGUGAAUUUUUCCAUCUAUUGUAUGAAGAAGAAAAAAAUUAAAAUGUAUACGUUGA